AUGAAUCCUGAGAGAAGAAGCACUUUUCAGUUCAAAUACAAGAAAGUGGACCUUGCCAGGCUACAGAAGUUGAGUGCCAAAGUGACACCGAUCAAACUCAACAGCUUUGUGCAAGACUAUGGAAGAAUUCUGAACAUCUUAAAUGAAAAGAUGGAUGUGAUGACUGUGGUGACUAUUGCUCAGUUCUAUGAUCCACCUCUAUGUUGUUUCACAUUCUCUGAUUUCCAGUUGGCUCCUACCUUGGAAGAGUUUGAGAGGAUUGUAGGCCAGAAUUUAAAGGAUCAUAAUCCAUUUCCUAAGUUCGAUGAAGAUAUUCCUCCCAAGAGGAUAACUUUAGCUUUGGGUUUGAAGGUUUCUGAAGUCGUGGACAAUUGGGAUGUGAAGGGAGCUUUCAAUGGUUUUUCUAGGAAGUUCUUGGAAGAUCAAGCUAAGAAUAUGGAAAAAGAGGGGAAUUUGAAAGCUUUCUAUGCCGUGUUAGUUGUGUUGCUGUUGCAUGUCUGGUUUAGACCUCAUAUGCCCGAAGAAUGCCCUUUUGUCUCAAAGGAACUCAAGCCCUCUCAGAAAUUAGCUUCUCUCACCUCCAAUCAUGUUAAGUGGUAUAUCAAGGAUUGGGAAACCGAGGAUAUUAUUAUCAGCAUUGGAGACUUCCCCAAUGUACCUUUGAUAAGAACCAAGGGUUGUAUCAACUACAACCUCAUGUUAUCUUUGAGGCAGCAUGGUUACCCUAUGAAUGGCCCUCCAAAAGCUGAAGAUGUAAAGCCUUUCAUCUUGCACAGCGCUGAAGUAGAUCACCCCACGGUGAAGAAGAUCAAGAGGUCAUGA